AUGCUGACUCCCGUUGACAACGCUGCUGCAUUACUGCGAAUUCUUUUUAAUACUUCACUGGCAUCUUUAUAUAAACUUCCAUUUCAAGAUUCGUAUAAAAAACACCCAGAAAAAGUCGACAUAAAGAAUAUCAAUGAAAAGGUAUGGCAAGGAACUGUGCGUCUACUAGAGGAGUCAGGAGAAAGCAGCACCACACUUAGAUCCAUAUCAAUCUCAAGCUCGAAACAACAAGAUAAAAUCCUGGCAUUCACGUCAUUACGAUUAAAAAUUGAGUUCAUCAAUAUUAUAAAUUUUGUUAGCGAGAAAUUUUGGGGUGAGGUAUGGUACAUUCCCACUAACAAAAAAAGCAGCAAGGAUAAAAUCGAGGAAAAGCAGAAUGGUACAGUUAAAUCAAUUGAUGAUGAAAAUAGAGUUCGAAUUCAAAGGAUUAAAAAAAUAGCACACGAUGGAAAAAGCACAAUUAUUCCAAUUGAAGGAGAAAGGAGCUGGUUUCGUGUAAUUGUCCAGAUUCCAGAUAGUGGAUUCUUUCCCGUUUUUGAAGAUGAAGAAGAAGAAGAAGAAGAUAAUGAAGAUGAAGAAGAUGGAAAACUUUCCAAAAUGCAUAAACACAAACAAGUUGCCUUGUUGCUUAAACUAAAUCUGGAAUAUCAGGCAGAAAAAUUUAGAUUCAGAAUAGAGACAUUUGACUCCGAAUAUGAGGCGGAAAAAGAUAGAUACUUGCGGGCCGAGUUGAAGAAAAGAGCAAAAUACACUGGUGUAGAUGACCUUCUGCCGAAACCGAAAGGAUUAACGGGCAAUAAAAUUACUAAAAUUAAUAAAGAGGAUGAGAGUGAAAAUGAAGCAGAGAAUGCAGAGGAUGCAGAGGAUGAAGGUGAAGAAGACUUUGGUGAUUUCGUAAGCACCGAAUAA